AUCUAUUCUCCUCAUAGUUCUAUCAAACAGAACUGCUUCCACACACUUUGGUUCUUGGAAAGUUUAGCCAAAAUAUUUUAAUUUGAAAACCGAUAGAAAGCGGUUGUUGGCGUGGAAUAGCACGUCAUUUCCACUGCGUUGUCGUCAUGGGUUGUCACGCAAUCCAGCUAGCUCAUUAGCCGGCUAGCUCAUUUUAACCAGAAUCCAACACUUGCAGUGGAGUCGGAGGCCAGGGAUAUACAGUAGGCACUAUGUUGGUCCCCAUAUUCACUCUGAAGCUGAACCACAAGAUCAACCCUCGCAUGGUGACUGUUGGGAGAUUUGAUGGAGUCCACCCAUGCCUUACAGCUGCCACACAGGCUGGAAAGGUUUUUAUCCACAACCCGCAUGCUCGUGGUCAGAGGCCUGUGGCUCACCGACUGAGCCAGAGCACCCAGGACUCAGACAUCUCUCUGCUCAACAUCAACCAGGCAGUCACUUGUCUGACGGCAGGAACGCUGGGACCAAACACCACUGGGGACACACUGUUGGUGGGAUCCCAGACCAACCUACUGGCCUAUGAUGUCCAUGACAAUGCUGAUAUUUUCUACAGAGAAGUGACGGAUGGGGCGAAUGCUAUUGUGUUGGGGAAACUCGGGGACAUCCCGUCUCCUCUUGCCAUUAUUGGAGGGAACUGUGCCUUACAAGGCUUUGACUAUGAGGGCAACGACCACUUCUGGACGGUAACUGGAGAUAAUGUCAGAUCUCUGGUGCUCUGUGACUUCACUGGAGAUGGGAAAAAUGAGCUCCUGGUAGGAUCGGAGGACUUUGACAUCAGGGUAUUCAAAGAGGAUGAGCUUGUGUCUGAAAUGACUGAAAAUGAGACCGUAACAUCGCUGUGCCAUAUGCAUGGCAGCAGGUUUGGCUAUGCCCUGGCUAAUGGCACGGUGGGAGUUUAUGACCGCACCGCCCGCUACUGGAGGAUUAAGUCCAAGAAUCACGCAAUGAGCAUCCAUGCCUUUGACCUGAAUGCUGAUGGGGUGGUGGAGCUUAUCACUGGCUGGUCCAAUGGAAAGAUUGAUGCUCGUAGCGACCGCACAGGUGAGGUCAUUUUCAAAGACAACUUCUCCUCUUCUGUGGCUGGAGUGGUGGAGGGAGACUACCGGUUGGAUGGACAGAAACAACUUAUCUGCACCUCCGUAGAGGGAGAAGUCCGUGGUUACCUGCCAGCCAGUAAGGACCUUAAAGGAAAUCUUAUGGACUCCAGUGCUGAACAGGACCUCAUUAGAGAGCUCAGCCAGCGCAGACAGAAUCUGUUGCUGGAGCUACGCAACUAUGAAGAAAAUGCCAAGGGUGUGUCAGAGACAAACAGUGGGAUGGGUGUCAUACCAGCCAACACUCAGCUCCAGACAGCACUGUCAGUGAGACCUGCUGCAGAGGCCCAAAAGGCCCAUGUAGAGCUCAGCAUUUCAACACCAAAUGAAACCAUUAUCCGUGCAGUGCUCAUCUUUGCAGAGGGGAUAUUUGAGGGGGAAAGCCACGUUGUCCACCCCAGCGCCCAGAACUUGUCAGGCUGUGUCCGAGUCCCCAUUGUCCCCCCAAAAGACAUACCAGUAGAUCUGCACAUCAAAGCCUUUGUUGGAGGGAAAACUAGUACCCAAUUCCACGUGUUUGAAAUCACUCGGCAGCUGCCUCGUUUUUCCAUGUAUGACAUCACAGUUGAACCCUCAGCCGCUCUGCCCACUGGAAGGGUCGCCUUCAGCAUCAACGACCGACCACAGCGGGUGGUGAUGUGGCUGAAUCAGAACUUCCUGCUUCCCGAGGGAGUAGACAGUCCUGACGUCACUUUCAAUUCACUAAGAGGAGGGGGACUGUUGUCCAUCAGCAUGGCCAGCAAUGGACAGAUCACUCUGAGAACCGACGACAUCGACCUGGCGGGAGAUUUGGUCCAGUCACUGGCCUCCUUCCUGGCAAUCGAGGACUUGUCAGCAGAAGCAGACUUCCCCGGAUACUUUGAGGAGCUACGCAGUACACUCACUGAGGUGGACGAGUUCCAUUCCGUCCACCAGAAGUUAACUGCAGCUAUGGCCGACCACUCCAACUACAUCAGGAACAUGCUGGUGCAAGCAGAGGACGCUCGCCUUAUGGGUGACAUGACAACUACAAAGAAGCGUUACAGAGAGCUGUACGACCUAAACAGAGAUCUGAUCAACGAGUAUAAAAUCCGCUCUAACAACCACAAUGCACUACUGGCCUGCCUCAAGUCUGUCAACCAGGCCAUACAGCGGGCUGGUAGACUCAGAGUGGGUAAGCCCAAGAACCAAGUGAUCUCUGCCUGUCGAGACGCUAUCAAGAGCAAUAACGUCAAUGCACUCUUCAGGAUCAUGAGAGCUGGCACUGCAUCCUCCUGAGAGUAGAGGCAGCGGGAAUGCAGAAAUGGACAAACGGAUUGGAAUGAGAACGACGGUCACAAGCACAACUGAUCAGUACUGUCAUGUUGAAUGAACUUCGCCUGUUUUAAACACUGCACCAGCAAGGGUGUCUCACCAGUGAGAUGAACAUUUUGAAAUGAAAGGCAGAAGACACUAAGACUGUGAUUUGGGGACGCCGUUGUAGCCUUAAUCUAUCUUUUUCCAUGAUUUAGGAAUAAGCAACAGCCUGGCAGCAACAUUUGGCACCAGCUCCAUAAUACUUUUACUGCUAGCUCACGGAAAUAAAACGCUCACCACAGGCUUAGUGCACUGGUAAUCAUCCAUCUCAGUCUAGCUGUGUGGCUGUUUGGAAGAGCUUGAUUUAGUGCAGUUACAGCUUAGGUAGAUAAUUGUCAAUAUGAAUGUAGGAGUCAGCAGGCAAGAGCGACACAAGAGCUGCGACGCUCCCCAUACUGAUUCUCCAAUGCAACAGAACAAAGAUGGCCUCAGUACAGUGAGAAAAUUUAAUUAUUUGAUCGGAAAUAUUCAACAUAUUGCUGCUGUCUGAAACUCGUGCAAAACAAAGUUUGUGUUUUUCUCCAGUUACACGCUCACAUAUAGUGUGAUAGAAUCAGUACUUAAGAGUUAAGAAAGAAAGAGUUAAGCCUAAUGUCCGAUGAACAUACUAGAGGGGUUCCCGGGUGAUGUUGCACAUGUGUCUAAGAGAUGUUUAAACUUCAGAAAAGUCAUCCAAACUGUUUCCCCAAAGACACGAGGGUUUAGAGAAAAUGACUAGCUGCUGGAUCAGCACCCUGAACUGUUUAAUUCAGCUGAUGCAGUGAUGUUUAGAGAGAGCACAGCUGGAGCAAGACAGACAGCAGCUUCCUGCCAGACAGUCGUGCCAUUGGAAGUCACUGGUGGCCCUGAUAGUUGUGUGUGUCAGGUCGCUCAGACUCAGGUCUCUGCUCCCAGCUGUUGUGUGUUUGUGUGCUGUUUGUAGCCAAAGAAAACUCUUUUAAAUUAAUGAAUGUCACAUAGGACCAGUACUGUGUGUUGAACUUGUUUACCUUUUGUAGAUUGUACACAGAGAUUGUAAAUGUAAGUUUGCAGAAACCAUCACUAAAUGAACAUGUGUUUUAAAAGGUUGUGUAACCGUUAUUGUUGCAGUUUUAUAAGGGCAUGAUGUCAUUCUCAGACAAGUUGGCUCGCUCAGCUGUUUAUUCUGAGUGUACCGCUGAUGGAUUUGAACAUGGAAGUUAGAAUUAGUGUGUAUUUGAAAAGUAUCUGGUGUUGUAAGAGUCCAGUUUUCUACCACAUACGCCUCUUCUCAAAGACAGCAGCACAUAACGGUGAAAAGAAAGGGGAAUAAAGUUAAUAUUAAUCAUUUUGUAUAACUUUAAAUAAAAAACAUUAAUGUGG